AGCAAAAUGAAGCUAAAAGUGGGCAAAUACAGAGAGAAAAUGUAAAGAAGAAGUUGAUGUUUACUCCAAAGUGUGUGAAUAAAUAUAUGACGUGUAGAAACUUUUUUUCUUCGUUUGAAAUCUUACUUAAAACGAACUGACUUUUAAGGGAAAGUCCAAAAACUUCGUCCUCGUCUGUAGCUGUUAGCUGUUAGCUGUUAGCUGCCGUCGUACAGACGCAGUUUAAAGUUAACGUUUAAGAAAUCAACAGCCGCACAUGUGGAGCAGCGCAGGCGCAGACAGAGACCAGGGCAUUAAAGCAGGCUCCGCCCCCUGAGCUGUCAAAACACAGGCGCUCACAGAGGAGGACGUCACAUCCCCUUGACCCUCCAAUCACCUCAGGGUCCCAUUUGAUUGGAAGGCGGCAAAGGCUUUAAUCUCGGACUAAUUCAGCUGCGUUUGAAGUGAAAAUUUUUCCAGCAGUCGGUUCCUGGGCAGGACAGAGUGAGGACGGAACAGAAGGAGGAGGAUACGAACAGACGCAGCAGCAGCAGCAGCAGCAGCAACAACAACAGCAGCAGCAACAAGGCGAGGCGCAGCGCAGCGUGGAGCAGGACGCAGCCGCGGACACAGUCACAGUCUCUACCUUCACGAGGAUUAUGUGUUUUCACUGACUUUAUUUUUCUCUCCUACUUUGGUUUUGGCUCCUUUUAUUUUCUUCUUCUUCUUCUUCUUCUUCUUGUUGUUGUUGUUGAGGCUUUUCUUGAUGAAUCUGACCAAAGCAGAUUCGCUUCAUUCCCCGACUGUUGGGACAUGAUCACGUCGCCCUCGGCGUCUGUCCUGAGAAGUAGAGAUUUUUGUGCAGCCUGGGAAAGCAUCAGCACUCGGAAUAUCAGCGGCAGCAGCAACAACCGACCGUUUCUCCACUCCGCGCCCCCGUCUGAUCCACUACGACAAGCCCAGCGUCUGCCCAUUAAGGUCGUGAAAAUGCUGACGGCACGGUCGGGACACAUCCUGCACCCGGAGUAUCUGCAGCCCCUGCCCUCCACCCCCAUCAGCCCCAUCGAGCUCGAUGCCAAGAAGAGUCCCCUGGCUCUGCUGGCGCAGACCUGCUCACAGAUCGGCAAACCGGACCCGCCGCCCUCCUCCAAACUCUCCUCCGUCACCUCGAACGGAUCCAGCGAGAAGGAGUCCAAGUCGGGCCCCAUCAAGCUCAGCGACAUCGGCGUGGACGACAAGUCAAGCUUUAAACCCUACUCCAAGUCCGGGGACAAGAAGGACUCGUCGUCCUCGGGAGUCUCGGCCGCUGCUGCGGACAAGUCUGGUUUCCGAGUGCCGAGCGCCACCUGUCAGCCGUUCACGCCGCGGACGGGCAGCCCCAACUCCUGCACCUCGGCCUCCCCCAUGCCGUCCGAGGGGAAGUGCGGGGACAGGGACGAAAAGAAAGACUGCUCGGAUUCUCCUUGUGGAAAAAGUGGCUCCGGGGGCGCGGACGGAUCCUCCGGGACCACCAGCCACAGCAGGAUAAGCGUGAGUUGCGGUGGGAUUAACGUGGAGGUGAACCAGCACCAGGAGACGACGCCCGGCUCCAAAGCCGCCUCGGAGUCCUCCGCCUCCGUCACCUCCGUCUCCUCCGCCUCCGUGCUCGGCUCUGGACUAGUGGCACCGGUUUCUCCCUACAAACCGGGACAGACUGUUUUUCCUUUGCCCCCCGCCGGGAUGACGUACCCGGGGAGCCUGGCCGGGGCCUACGCCGGGUACCCGCAGCACUUCUUGCCCCACGGAGGCAGCCUGGUGAACGCGCAGCUGGCCACGUCGCUGGGCUGCAGUAAAGCCGGCUCCAGUCCUCUGGCCGGAGCCUCCCCCCCCUCCAUCAUGUCAGCCAGCCUGUGCAGAGACCCCUACUGCCUCAGCUACCACUGUGCCAGCCACCUGGCGGGCGCGGCCGGGGCGUCCUGUGGCGCACACGAGUCCGCGGCGGCGGCGGCGGCGGCUCUCAAGUCCGGCUACCCGCUGGUGUACCCGACUCACCCGAUGCACGGCGUCCACUCCGCGGGCCCGCCGUCCUUCAGCGGACACCCCUUGUAUCCGUACGGCUUCGUUCUUCCCAACGACCCGCUGCCGCACGUCUGUAACUGGGUGUCGGCGAACGGACCGUGCGACAAGCGCUUCUCCUCGUCCGAGGAGCUGCUCAACCACCUGCGGACUCACACGGCCUUCACCGGCGCGGAGAAACUCAUCUCCGCCGGGUAUCCCGGCUCCUCGUCCCUGGCCAGCGCUGCGGCGGCCGCGGCCAUGGCCUGCCACAUGCACAUGCCCCCCUCAGGGGCCCCCGGGAGCCCCGGGACUUUGGCUCUCAGGAGCCCGCACCACGCGUUAGGAGGACUGAGCAGCCGCUACCACCCCUACUCCAAAAGCCCGCUGCCCACGCCCGGGGCGCCCGUGCCCGUGCCCGCGGCCACGGGGCCUUACUACUCUCCGUACGCACUGUACGGCCAGAGACUGACCACGGCGUCAGCGCUGGGAUACCAGUGAGCACAGAGGGAUUGUGGGAAAGUUUAUAAGAACAGAUGGACUUUUAUAUUUUAAAUCUCCUAAAAACUGACAAUAAUUUAAAAACACAGGAAGAUCCUGGAAGAAAGGCGCGAACUUCAACUGUAUUUAUUUAUAUGUCACCUUCAAUAACAGCUGAGAAUUCUGGGGAAAAAAACAUAUUUGACAAAAGUGCAUUAUGUUGAAACUGAACUCUAUAUAGGUAACGUACACACACACACACACACACACACACACACACUUUAGAGGAUUAAUCAAAGUCGGGUCUACGUUUUUUUCCAUGUUCAUUUGAAAAAAAAAAUAUUGCUAUGAUUGUAUUUGUUCUUAUUUAAUGUCUCAAAGAGAGAAAAAAUAAUAUUAAUAUUAAUAAUAAUUUACAUACCUGCAUGUUUGUUUCUUUCUUAAUUUUAAUGAUAGAAAAAAACAACGACAGGAACCCGUGUCCACAUUUGAAUUUAAAUCUGUGCUUAUUUUUCAGGUUCAAAGAGAAAUUGGUAUUUUUUUGUAUGUAUUCUGGGAAAAAGAACAAAACAAAAAAAUAACAAACAAUUCUGUUGCAUAUAAACUGGUCCCGUCUUGUUUUGUUCAAUUUACUGGUUUGAAAUCAUUUCAUUUUCCAUGUUUACGUUUUUAAAAAAACAAAAACACAGAUUUAAAAGAUCACCAACAAGAAAAUCUUUUUGGUUUUUGUUUUUUUUCUUCGGCCUGUGGAUUACAUUUUUUUCCUGCCUCUCAGAGGAAAAUCAGCCACUGGGAUUAUUUGGGAUAAUUUUGUGGAUUCAUUUGGGAAAUUCUUGGGAAUAUAUUUUAUAUUCUUGGUUUCAAUUUAUUUUUUUCUCUUAAUUGUGUCAAAAAUAUUGGAAGAAGGCGUUCAAUCUUAAACUUGAUUUUGUGUGUGUGUGUGUGUGUGUUACACACAAUCGUGAAGAGUGUGUGUGUGUGUGUGUGUGUGUGUGAGAUAAAUUCUGUGGCGAGUUUUAAAUCUGUGAAGCAGAAUAAUAUUAGUCAGUAAAUUAAUUUAUUUUAAAUAAAUUCAAACGUGACGUUUACUCGAUGUUUAACAAAGUUUAACAGAAGGGAUUGGAGUCAAUUUCAAACUUAUGGUUUUCUGUGCAUAAAAUUAUUUUACAAAAUAUUGUUAAAAAUAAAAGAUAAUUUGCCCUGAAAUUUGGUCAAAGUAAAAAUUUCCAGUGGUAUUUCGUAGUCAUUUUGACUUUGACGCGACCGCCUUCAAAAUGUACGCAGUCAUUUUAAUACUGGAUAAGGUUAAUAAACGCUGAAUUAAUUUACUACAGCUGAAUUUAGAAAUAAUGACAUUUAUUUUUACAAUUAAUUUAAAAGGUGUCAUUUAAAGUGUGAGUCCACACACACACACACACACACACACACGUGGCUACAAUUAAUUAUCUUUUAUUACUUCCUUUUAAAUAUGUUUUUGUAGAGUUUUAUUUUUUAAUUCUCUUUUUAUUUAGAGACACAUUAGUUUUAAUGCCUUAGUCUGUGAAGGAGUUAGGAGAGGAUGGAUGGAUGGAUGGAUGGAUGGAUGGAUGGAUGGAUGGAUGGAUGGAUGGUAGAAGCAAAAAAAAAUCUGCUGCAUAUUCAAAAAAUUGUAAAUACUGCAGACAUCUGACGCAGACCAAAUAUUUGCGUUCAGACUCUUUAAAUAACGCAGCUCGUCAUCAGCGUAAACGUGAACACAGAUUGUG